CCUCUGCCAGUACCAAAACGGUUCUCUUAUCAAAGAAACACACAACCAAACAACUGCAUUCAAUCACCGCCUUUUACCAUGGGAAGUGCUUGUUUUUCCUGGGAAGUAUGUUUGUUUUUCGUCCUCAUUAAUACUUGUGAGGUGACGGGGGAUGUUGGACUCGCAGAUGCCGAUGAGUGCUCUGAAGGCACGGAUGACUGUCACAUUGAUGCUCUCUGCCAGAAUACCCCCAAAUCCUUCAACUGCAUCUGCAAGCCGGGAUACAAGGGAGACGGCAAGCAGUGUGAAGACAUGGACGAGUGUGAGAAUGAGUACAACGGAGGCUGUGUCCACGAGUGUAUCAACAUCCCGGGCAACUACAGGUGCACCUGCUACGACGGAUUCAUGUUGGCCCACGACGGACACAACUGUCUGGACGUGGAUGAGUGUAUGGACAACAACGGAGGAUGCCAGCAGGUGUGUGUGAACACCAUGGGAAGCUACGAGUGUAUGUGCAAGCAAGGCUUCUUCCUCAGCGACAACCAGCAUACCUGUAUCCACCGCUCCGACGAUGGAAUGAACUGCAUGAACAAGGACCACGGCUGCGCCCACAUCUGCAGGGAGACCCCCAAGGGGGGCGUGGCUUGCGAGUGCCGGCCCGGGUUCGAGCUGGCAAAAAACCAGAGAGACUGUACAUUGACGUGUAACUAUGGGAACGGAGGCUGCCAGCACAUGUGUGACGAUACGGAUGUGGGGCCGGUUUGUGGCUGUCACCAGAAGUACGCCCUGCACUCAGACAGCAAGACCUGCAUCGAUCUGUGCUCUGUUGCACCCCGAAAAUGUCGCCCGGAGUUUCACGAUGACGAUGAGAGAGAUGAGGCUGCAAUUGAGAGCUCUGAGUUCAAUGCCACGUCAAUAGCUGAUGUGGACAAGCGGGUGAAACGGCGGCUUCUUAUGGAAACCUGUGCGGUGAACAAUGGCGGCUGUGACCGGACGUGCAAGGACACGGCUACAGGGGUCCGCUGCAGCUGCCCCGUGGGAUUCACCCUGCAGCCAGACGGCAAGACCUGCAAAGGUCAGUGUAUAGACAUAGAUGAAUGCCAGGAGGCGACCAAUAACGGCGGCUGUGACCAUUUCUGCAAGAACACGGUGGGCUCCUUUGAGUGCAGCUGCCAGAAGGGCCACAAGCUCCUCACUGACGAGCGCACCUGCCAGGAUAUUGACGAGUGUUCCUUUGAGAGGACCUGUGACCACACCUGCGUCAACUACCCUGGCAACUUCGACUGUGUCUGUCAGGAAGGAUACACUCUGUACGGCCUCACACACUGCGGAGACAUAGAUGAGUGCAGCAUUAACAACGGGAGCUGUGAGCACAGCUGUGUGAACACACAGGGAGGCUAUGAGUGUCUGUGUCCGCCCGGUCAGAAACUCCACUGGAACAAGAAGGACUGCACCAAGGCGGUGAAGUGUUUGACCGAUGGGAAGCCAGCGCCGCGCGCCCAGCUCAGCUGUGACAAGAGAGGAGGGGUGGAGGUGUGCUCCCUCUCCUGUCCGUCCAACGCACUCUUCCUAGCAGACUCUGAGAACAGCUACACUCUAAGCUGUGGUGUGCCGGUGCAACCUGGGAAGGCACCGCAGAAGAGGAACGCCACCACCGCACUGCUCACCUGUGCAGAUACGUUACCCCCGCCCAUCAAGCAGAAGGCCCGCUUCAAGGUCAAAGAUGCCAAGUGUCACCUAAGACCCAGGAACAAGGAAAAACACAGAGAGAUGUCCAAGCCGAGCCUGCAAGGGGGUCCGCUCCCGUGUACUGACGACUGCCAGGUGACCUUUGUCAAUCUGAAGUGUGACUCGUCCAAGAAGCGGCGGCGUGGACGCAAGUCCCCUUCCAAAGAGGUUUCCCACAUCACAGCUGAGUUUGAGAUGGAGAUGAAGGAAGCCUCAGGUCAGUGUGACUGUGCAACCUCAGACUCGUGUAACGUGGAGUGUGUGAGGGAGCGUAUGAAGCAGAGGUUACAGAGUGCCAUGCGGACCCUGAGGAAGUCCAUCAACAAGCAGCAGUUCUAUAUCCAGUUCUCUGGUACCGAGUACGAGGUGGCCCAGAAACCUGCACUGCACGUUGAGCAAUGCAGCACCGGACAGGUCUUACGGGACGGCAAGUGUGUGAGCUGUGGUGUGGGGACGUACUAUAGUGGAGACCAUGAUCAGUGUGUCGUGUGUCCCCCUGGUACAUACCAGGACACAAUGGGUCAGCUGUCCUGUGAACCCUGCCCCAGCACCGAGGGACAGGGCAUCGCCGGGGCCAAGAACGUCUCCCAGUGCGGAGGCCAGUGUCCGGCUGGUCAGUAUUCGUCAGAUGGGUUCCGUCCCUGUAACCCUUGUCCCCUGGGCUCCUUCCAGCCUGAGCCUGGCCGUGUACUCUGCUUCUCCUGUGGAGGUGGCCUCAUGACCAAGUACGAGGGCUCUGUCGCCUUCAGGGACUGUGAGGCCAAAGUCCACUGUGCUCCUGGACACCACUACAACUCCAGUAACCACCGCUGUAUCCGCUGCCCAGCCGGUACCUACCAGUCAGAGUUUGGACAGAACUACUGCAUCACCUGCCCUGGCAACACCACCACCGACUUUGACGGAGCCACCAACGUCUCUCACUGCAAGAACCAGGUGUGUGGCGGUGAGCUGGGAGACUUCACAGGCUUUAUUGAGUCUCCUAACUACCCCGGGGACUACCCGUCCAAUGUAGACUGUAUCUGGACCAUCAACCCCCCUCACAAGAGACGCAUCCUCAUCGUGGUGCCUGAGAUCUUCCUCCCCAUCGAAGACGAGUGUGGAGAUGUGCUCGUCAUGAGGAAGAGUGCCCUGCCCACCUCCAUCACCACCUAUGAGACGUGUCAGACGUACGAGCGGCCAAUCGCCUUCACCUCCCGCUCCCGCAAGCUCUGGAUCCAGUUCAAGUCCAAUGAGGGCAACAGUGGCAAGGGCUUCCAAGUCCCCUAUGUCACCUACGAUGAGGACUACCAGCAGCUGAUAGAGGACAUUGUCCGGGAUGGCAGACUCUACGCAUCAGAGAAUCACCAAGAGAUACUGAAAGAUAAAAAACUGAUCAAAGCCCUGUUUGAUGUUCUGGCUCACCCCCAGAACUACUUCAGGUACACGGCACAGGAGUCCAAAGACAUGUUCCCCCGCUCAUUCAUCAAACUGCUGCGCUCCAAAGUCACACGGUUCCUACGGCCGUACAAAUAAGCUGCUACGCCCCCUGUCUGUUACCCAGAUGCUUACCCUACUCCCCCUUUCCACCAUCUAAUCCUCCCGACCCUUCACCUACGUCCUUACCCUGUCAACAUCCCCGUGUGUCUUCUAAUCCCUACGUCUAUACCCCUACAUCUCUCCUACACCGCCCCCCGCCAAUCUAUCCCUCUCUUCUACACCCUCUACUCUGAAACACUUCUCUUACACCCCCAACCCUACCCAGAGUUCCUCCUGAAUCGCAAUCCCAGCAUUCUCUGCACAGGAACAGAGAACCGUCUCUCCCUCUUUUGUCUUUUUUUCCCCUGCAUUUCUCGUUUUAACUUUCCAGCUUUUCCCCUGUACUUCUGUUUUGGUUUGUUUUUGUGUUGUUGUUGUUGUUUUGGUUAUAUUUAUAUGUGUUAGAACUUGCAGAAGCCCACAACAUGGAUGUUUGAUAUAUAUGUAAGUACAGACAUGUUGGCUACAAGUAAAAUGUAUGUGUAUCUAUGUACGUAUGUAUAUUUGUGUGAACAUACGUAUGUGCACGUAGAUGUGCACGCAGAUGGUGUGCGAGAGUGAUGUCACACGCAGGUACAUAGAUGUAUCUUUAUUUUGUUAUUUUAAAAGGCCCCUGGCGUGCACAAAAAAAUGAUUGGUGCACUUAUAUCAUAUUCUGCAUCAACAUUUUCACAUGGGAAAUAAAGACAUUUCUGAUUUCGGCAUCCCAGACCAUUCCACCUCAAACUGAGUACAGUGAACGAAUAAGUUUGAUUUUCCAAAAAGUCACUUUUCUUUAAAGAUAUAUAACAAGAUGAAAAAACUACCUGCAAGUAACAGUCGUUGCUAUAGAGAGUAAUGUAUGUGAUGUAACUAAUAUUUGGAACUUUAAUUGCACUUGAAUUUUAUAUUGUGAACUGUAGAAAAAAAAAUCUAAGUUACAUUUUUCCUUAUGUUUUGUGUUGUAUAGAAAUGUAUUACCUUGGUUGUAGCAAAGAGAGAGACAAAAAUAUGUCCCGUUUUGUUCUCACCACAAAAAACCCCAGCGUUCAAUUGUUUAGACAGACACCAUCAAAUCCACCCAUUUGGCCUGAAAAGCAGUAUUGCCAGUAAGUAAUAAUUUAAAGGGAAAUGUCCUUAACGACCCACUACUAUUUUAGUUGUGGGUGUGCUCCCAUCUCCUAACUCUGCCUCAUCCCUUUAAGACUCUCCUGACUAGCUGCCAGAGAAAAGGGGUGUUUUGUGUAAAGCUUCUUAUAUGAUGGCACUAAGUGCACACUCAAAACCACCUGCUUUUUACGAGUGUCCACUCUCAAUCCGUCCUAUUUGGACUUCUCCCAGUUUAUGUAAGUCAUCAACCUAGACUGUUGAUUUAAUAUCUGUAACAAAUAGGUUAGUUUGUUUAUAUUUCUGCACAAUGCAAGUGGAGAAAAUAUGUAUUGUAUGAUGACGAGACUGUUGAUUUGGAGGUGAAUGUAGUAGCAGAGGGACAGAGGUCUGUUUGAAAGUAUUGUGAUGUCUAUGAGAGUAUCUGUAUGUACAUAGCACUUGCAACUGUAACCAUAACCCAGAAAGAGCCCCAACUGACCUCAACUAGUCAAAUGUUCUGACAAAAUACACUUUCAUUGUUCUCCCCCUUGUAACACUCUCCCAGCAGAGUCCGUUUAAGCAAUAAGGCCCUGAGCCGUGGUAUAUUGGCAAUAUACCACAAACCCCUGAGAUGCCUUAUUGCUAUUAUAAACUGGUUACCAACGUAAUUACAGCAGUACAACAACAAAAAAUCUGUCAUACCCGUGGCAUAUGGUCUGAUAAACCACGGCUGUCAGCCAAUCAGCAUUCAGGGCUCGAACCACCCAGUUUAUAAUUGCCUAUGCAGCACAUCUAUUACAGACCUAUUAAACUGCUAAUACACCGCUACUACACGGUUAUAAAUAACUUAAAUUAUUUGUGCUGGACACAAGGAUGAUAAGCAUAACUAUAUGGCUUGUAUCUUCUAACCUACAGGCCACAUACUAAAGGCCACUGAUAUGGGAUCAGAAAUAGUCAUUCAUUCAUAAAGUCUGCUUUGUGCCCUAGCACUGAUCCAGGACCUGUUCAUUCCAGUCUAAUCGUAACCCCCACUGUUGUGUGUAGAGUUGUGUCAGAAAAUUGUACUAGUCGUCAAAUCAAAGCUCAUUGGAGGAGGUGGUCCGGGGGAGGGACCUUGCAAACCCUCCUCCAAUGAGCUUUGAGUGGAAUUGAGCUAACAAGGGCGGAGGAAGCAUGGAUUUGACAGCUAAUGUUUUCAGAUACAACCACGGUGUUUGUCCACUCAGUCCACUCAAAAUGGUUGCCGCCUGCAGAGGUGUAGCUAAUGUUGGUACAGUGCACCCACUUUCUGUUGAGGGAUGUUUUGGGCGUUUAGUGUGUUUGAUGAUGAUGAUGAUGAUGAUGAUGAUGAUGAAAAUCGGUAUGAAAUGCAAAAAUUUUUAUGAUUGACUUUUCCUGAGAAUGUAUUAUAUUGUGUGUGUGUGUGUGUGUGUGAGAGAGAGUGAGACAGCGUGUGUCAGUGUGUGAGUAGCUUGUGAGAUCGAGGUGGAGAAAGAGAGAUAUUGUAUGUAGGUACUUUAGUCCAUUUUAUAGAGGGAUAAUUUUAACGUUUGUGUUAGUCGGUUGUACCCAAAGAGAGAAAAUGUAUCACAGUGUUUUGCCAUUGUUUGGUCCAUGAAAAUCCAGUAAAGAACAAAUUCAAAUAAAACAGUAGCAGAAAAACAACUCCA